GCGCACUUGAUCACCAGACAGAGUUGUUGCACUGAUUGGGAAACAGCUUUGAUUUUACUGCUUGUAUUUUUACUAUUUUUGCCUGAACUUGUGCACGUCCUGGACGCGCAUUUAGCUUGAAGAAAAGGGUUAUAUACUUAUAAUUGUAUUCUUAUCGUCGCAGUCCAACAUCGACGGAAUGGAUUUGGUGUGGCUGAUGGUUCUGGCGGUCAGCAUCUGCGGGUGGUUUGCAUCCGCGGAAAGACACAGCGUCUACUGGAACAGGACCAACCAAAACUUCCUGUGGGACGAGUAUGCGGUGGAGGUGCGGAUCAACGACUACCUGGACAUCAUCUGCCCGCACUACGCCCGCGGCGAGGUGCCUUCCCAGGAGGCCGAGCGCUACGUGCUCUACAUGGUGGAGAAGGAGGACUACGAGGUGUGCAAGCCGCACUCCUUCGACCAGCUGCGCUGGGAGUGCUCGCGGCCGUUCGCACAGCACGCGCCUGAGAGGUUCUCAGAGAAGUUCCAGCGCUUCACUCCUUUCACCCUGGGCAAGGAGUUCCGCCAGGGAGAGAGCUACUACUAUAUCUCCAAACCCCUGCACCACCACGGUGAGGAGUGCCUCCGACUUAAGGUGGAAGUCACAGGGCCCAAAGGCCCAGCAAAGGCCAAGGCAGACAAGGCCAAGGCGGAGGAGGUGGAGAAAGCCGGCUUCGUUGGAGGAAAAGUCAAGUUCUCCGAGGCCGGAGGAGUGCACAACCCUAACAAUCUCCCAGCAGACGACCCGGCUGCCAUGGAGCCAAAUGUCCAGAGGAGCGUUGGCAGUGCUGGUGUACAGCAUGGCUCCUACUCCCUUGUCUUCACAAUCGUCCCCGUUUUAUUAGCGCUGGUGCUCCACUGAGGCGGCCUAGGUGCAGCUGGAACAGAGACAAUGCUCACCUAGUCAAUGCUGGUCAUUGACACAACAGACAUUCAACAGAGUUUUUUACAGAGAUUUUUUUAUACAAGCACAAACAAAGCUGCAGGUGUCUGGUUGUGUGUGUUGGCGUUAUGAGUGUGUCUGCGUGAUUAUGUGGUUGCGUGUGAAUGCAGAAUACCCCGGGGAUGUUGACCAUCCCAGGAAGAGGACCUUGAAGAUGUAUUUUUGGUGCUUUUUUUAUGCCAAUGGUUUUGUUCUUCUUUUUCGUCAUGUAAAUCUGUCUAGUAUUUUAUUCUGUAUUCAUCAACAAAGGGUUCAAACGUGUGUGUAAGGAAAAUGAUGAAUAGAAGUUUGAACUUUGUGUCUCAUUACAAAAAUACAGUACACGUGUUAUAUUCUAGUCAUUAUGCUUCCGACAAUUACAUAUACUGGAAAUAGCAUGUAUCAGUGGUAUACUUUGUUUAAAGUUGUUGUCAUGUUGUUCGGUGACUUAAAGCUUUUAAUGUGACUCCAGUAAAUACAACAUAUUGUCAUACAAAUUCAAUGAGGAACAUCUUCACAUUUAAUCCAAAAUCUCCAUCCUCUGUUUUAUUAAUGGCCGUAGGUGGAACAUAUAUCCAAUGAGCACUUUGUGAUUGGCGUUAUGACAGUAAUUUUCUCCGUAUGAAACUCACGUGUAGAGUUUUCUCAGAGCUGUAAAGUGGCUUUCAUCAAACAAAACAACAGCAGACAUCUUUCUUCACAUCGACUUCUCUGUCUGGUAGCCUGUUGUUGUUUUAUUUCCGUUCCUAUCGCCAUUCAGUCAUUAUCUGACUGUUGGCAACAGCCUGGUACUCUGUGUCCAAAAGAUGUGCCAUGUGUCAUGGUCAUGACACAUACUUAACAUGAAGAUAAUUUAAUCACAUAAAUUAGGUUAUUCAAAUGAUUUGAUGAGAGUCAAAGAAACACAUUUUUAUCUUUCCUGUUUAAAACACUGAUGUUGUUUUGUAAAUGUUUGUAUAUUUGAACAUAAAGUAAAUUAUAUGAAAAGUUUGAAAUGUGAAAAAAAUUAAAAGAAUGUUAUAAAAUUAA